AUAUCUCGACGCCGGGACGAGGAGGGAGAUCCAAGCCGAGGAGAAGGGAGCGCGAAGACAUGGCUGGCUGGGGCGGAAAUCGGAUGCACAUGGACGACGCAGAGGGAAAUACCAUGGUCUUCUCCAUCCUAAAAUCAUACAACGACUUCAUGUCACAUGGAGAGGAAACCUCUAGUUUGGACACUACACAGUUACCUCAAGGCUCUCUGCAGUUGCAGUACCAGCAGAUGAUGAAGCUUGAAGAUCAGGCUGGGCAAAUCCAUUCAGGGACGAGGCUCUUGCAAGUGGAAAGGGAGAAAAUGCAAAUGGAACUGAGUCACAAAAGGGCUCGAAUUGAGCUUGAGAAGGCCGCUAAUACAAAUGCCAGUAAUUUUGAGCGGGAGGCUGACCGUACCCAAGAGCUCCUCAAGCGUCUCAAGCAGUGUCAAGAAAGGGAAACUGAGGCAGAAAGUAAACUUCAAGAACAAAUUGAGAGCAACAAAUCCUGUCAGAAGAAUGCAGAGUCUCUGAACAAGAAGUUGCAGGAGAAGGAGAGCAAGCUGUCUGAAGCUUACGAGACAAUCAGUGUGUUGAAGGGGAAGAUAUCCGAGUUACAGUGGAACUUAAAGAAACAGGACAUGCAAAUGAAGAGUCAUGAAUUGCAGAAGCAGGAGCUGACUGAACAGCUGGGUGUGCUACACAAGAAAUGGCAAGAGGCCAGUCAGCAAAUUCAGGCUUUACAAGCAAAGGAAGAUCUGAUUGCCGAGAAGGAGCAGAAGAUUCAGGACCUGGAACAAAAGCUCUCCUUGCAAGAACAAGAUGCCAUAAUUGUGAAGAACAUGAAGAAUGAAUUGGCACAAUUUCCGAAAAUGGAGCGAGAGCUGCAGGAGCUCAGAGAGGAGAAUGCUUACCUUAGGGAAAUGAGAGAAAACAAUGGAUUGCUCAAAGAAGAAGUGGAGGGUCUCCAGAGGAAACUAGAGCGUUAUGAGAAGGUUCAGGCAGAAGUGGUGGCUUUGGAAUGGGAGAAACAGAAACUUCAGGGAAGGCUGAGUACUUGGGAGAAACUGGACCAGACCACUGGCUUAGAUAUCAAGAGCCCUGAUGAUUUCUCCAGGCAUGUCAUUGCCCUGCAGCAACGGGAGCUAAUUCUGAAAGAACAGAACUCUGCCAUCUCAAGCAGUGCCAGGCUGGUGGAGAAGGCCCGGAAGCAAUUGCAAGAUGAGUUCCUGAAAGUCCAGAGCCAGUUCCUGGAGGAGAAGAAAAAACGUGAGCAAUAUGAAGCUAUGGUCAAGUGCUUGCAGAAACAAGUGCAGCUGCUCAUCAAGACACUUGAUGGGAUGAGAGCAAUCCUGGAUUCCUACGACAGUGAGCUGGGCCCAUCGGAGCAUUCUCCACAGCGCAACUUCCGUGUGCGAGAGGUUCUGGAAAUGGUGCAGAAAGUCGAAGCCCACUGUAAUGAAAUCAAGGCUGAGCUGUCCCAGACUUUGGAAGAAGCAGGGAAUCAGAAGAAAAGAGCAGACAUGCUGGAGGUAGAGCUACAGAUGCUGAAGAGCCAGGCAUCGACCACAGAUCCAAGCAUCUUCAUCGCUGGAGAGGAGGUGAAUGCGCUGAGAUUAAAGAUUGAGGAACUGGAGACUGAACGGGGCCAGUUAGAAGAGAAGAACAAGUCUCUGGAGAUGAAGCUGGAACAGAUAGCCCUUCAGGGCUAUCAUGAUCCCACUAAAACCAAAGUGCUCCACUUCAGCAUGAACCCAGCCAGCCUGGCUAAGCAGCAGCGGCUUGAGGAGGAGACACAUCUGCGGGAGGAAUGCGAGCGCCUGAGAGAGAUGGUCAGAGUGCUGGAAGGAGGAGGCUCUCUCCCAGAAAAGCUUGAGGGGGCUGUAAAUCUCCAGUCACCCCAAGAAAUUGCUGAACUGAAAAAGCAACUGGAGAGCGCCGAACUGAAAAACCAGCGCUUGAAAGAAGUUUUCCGAACCAAGAUCCAGGAGUUCCGCAAAGUGUGCUAUAAGUUGACCGGCUACCAGAUUGACAUGACUACAGAGAACCAGUACCGGCUCUCCUCGGUCUAUGCUGAGCACAGAGAAGACUGCUUGAUCUUUAAGGCCUCCAGAUCCUCCGGCGCGAAGAUGCAGUUGCUGGAAACGGAGUUUUCGCAGUCGGUCCAUGAGCUGAUCGACCUCCAUCUUCACCGCCAGGACAGCAUCCCGGCCUUCCUCAGUGCUGUGACUCUUGACCUCUUCAGCCGCCAGACCGUGACUUAGACCGACUCCCGCGGCCGUUUUCAGCCUUGGCUGUUUGUUUUAGGAACCGCCCGCAGAGCUUCGGCUGCUGGGCGGUUUAGAAAUGUCACCAAUCAAUCAACAAAUCAAUAAAG